GGGUAUUCUCCCAUGAGGGUCCUCUGCGGUACUGCUCACUGACAUGUGAGCCCCUAGACCCUCGGGUCCACAUGUCAGUGACAUCAGUACUGCAGAGGAUCAGAAUUGCUUAUAAAGGUACAUACCUCCUUAUGAUUGAAAUAUACUUUUUUUUAAUGGAGUUAUCAAAACUAAUUUUUAAGGUUGGAAUAAGGUUAAAAACUCAUCUUUGUUAAUAUUGUUGAAUUUUUAUUUUACUUUAAGUACAUGUAUUAGUCAGCUGAUAUAUACCUCAUAAUUAGCAAUAUGUAGUAUAUAUACCUCCGUAUACUUUCUCAGAAUCAGAAAAGCUUCGUCAUUAUCGAUCUAAAUUUAUUUUCUAAUCAAUCUAGUUUCUUUAGCACUAAAACAAUUGGAAGGAUGGGAGAAUACCUCUUCACUCAAAUGACUUGCUUUUCGCGCUUCUGGAUCAAUCCCUUUAUAGGAGUUUCCUGCUGUGACCAUGCGUAGCAAUGGCGUCGCGCUCGCGCGCCGUCUCCUCCGGCUUCACGAAGGCGCCGACCUUCUCCGUCACCACCGCGUCGCAGCUCCACGACGCCAUCGACCGCCUCCUCCCGCGGCUACGCGGCGACCCGUCCCUCGCCCCCGCCGCGCGCGCGCUCGCCGCGGCAGCCACCGCCUCGCUGCCGCCCUCCACCGUCCUCUCCAACCGCCUCCUCCACCUGCUCUCCUCCCACCCAGCCACCCUCCCCGACGCGCUCGCGCUCUUCUCCUCCAUCGCGGCCCCGGACAUCUGCUCCCACAACACCCUCAUCUCCGCGCUCUCUCGCUCCCCGCGCCACCUCCCCUCCGCGCGGGAGCUGUUCGACCGAAUGCCCCAGAGGGAUCACUUCGCCUGGUCCGCCCUCGUCUCAGGUUACACCCGACACGGCCAGCCCGAGGCCGCGCUCGCGCUCUACCGGCGGAUGCAGGAGGAGCCGGGGAACGAUGGCGCGGACAACGAGUUCACCGCGUCCAGCGCGCUCGCGGCGGCCGCGGCCGCACGGUGCGGCCGCGCGGGCAGGGAGCUGCACUGCCACGUCGUGAGGAGAGGGAUCGACGCCGCCGGCGGCGACGCCGUCCUGUGGAGCGCGCUCGCGGACAUGUACGCCAAGUGCGGCCGCGUGGACGACGCGAGGAGGGUCUUCGACCGGAUGCCGGUCCGGGACGCCGUCUCCUGGACGGCGAUGGUGGAGAGGUACUUCGACGGCGGCCGCGGCGGGGAAGGGUUCAGGCUGUUCCUCCACAUGCUGAGGACCCGAGGUGUUCGACCAAACGAGUUCACCUACGCGGGGGUUCUGCGCGCCUGCGCACAGUUCGCCGUCGAGAGCUUCGGGAGGCAGGUGCACGGCCGGAUGGCGAAGAGCGGCACUGGAGACUCCUGCUUCGCGGAGAGCGCGCUCCUCCGCAUGUACUCCAAGUGCGGCGACAUGGGGAGCGCGGUGCGCGUGUUUGAGGCCAUGGCGAAGCCGGACUUGGUGUCGUGGACGGCGGUGAUCUCCGGCUAUGCGCAGAACGGGCAGCCGGAGGAGGCGCUGCGCUACUUCGACAUGUUCUUGAGGUCUGGAAUUAAGCCUGAUCAUGUCACUUUUGUUGGUGUUCUGUCAGCGUGUGCUCAUGCCGGCCUGGUCGACAAGGGCCUCGAGAUCUUCCAUUCGAUUAAGGAACAGUAUUGCAUUGAGCACACUGCUGAUCAUUACGCUUGCGUGAUCGAUCUCCUAAGCCGGUCAGGCCAAUUUGAGCGAGCAGAAAAGAUGAUAGGUAAUAUGGCAGUGAAACCUAACAAGUUCCUAUGGGCGUCCUUGCUUGGUGGCUGCCGGAUUCACAAGAAUGUUGGCUUGGCAAGGCGGGCAGCAGAAGCAUUGUUCGAAAUAGAACCCGAGAAUCCAGCAACUUAUGUAACUCUGGCAAAUAUUUAUGCCUCGGUUGGUCUUUUUGAUGAGGUUGAGGAUGUCAGAAGAAUCAUGGAAUCAAAGGGUAUAACCAAAAUGCCGGCCUCAAGUUGGAUUGAAGUUGGGAGAAGAGUUCAUGUGUUCCUAGUUGGUGAUAAAUCGCAUCCUAAAGCUGAUGAAAUCUAUGCACUUCUGAAGAAGCUGUAUGUGAAAAUGGUGGAAGAAGGGUAUGUGGCGGACAUUGAAUUUGUUCUCCAUGAUGUCGAAGAUGAGCAGAAGGAGCAGGACAUUGGCUACCACAGCGAGCGGCUUGCUGUUGCAUUUGGGAUCAUUGCCACUCCGGAGGGUUCCCCGAUCAAGGUUUUCAAGAACCUGCGCAUUUGCGGGGACUGCCAUGCUGCUAUUAAGCUCAUAUCGCAGAUUGUGCAGAGAGAUAUCAUUGUUAGGGACUCGAAUAGGUUCCAUCACUUCAAGGACGGGAUAUGUUCUUGCAGAGAUUACUGGUGACCCGCACACUGCAUAUAUGAAGUAGUUUUGUCUCCCGAUUGGAGCUACUAUUACUCUUUGUACGGCUAAUGUUAAUAUGCGGCAGCAACUGAUCUGACCAAAGGUUUUCACUGGUUCGAGUGAUUAAGUUCUGGAAAAGAAAUUCCUUGUCAGGCUGACCCUAGGUAAACGGUCUCACCUUUUAUCAUUCGUGCCUAUCCUGAUGAAAGUUUAUGUUAUGUACGUUCGCUUUAUUUUAUUAACAUAUCCUGUAAAUA